GCAUGCCCUGGCCGCCGGCGGCUGUCAAAUGAUUUUUUGUUACGACUAUAAACUCAAGUGCGGAGAGCAGAUAAGCAACCGGGAACGUUGUUCUGGCAAAAUCCAUCGAGCCAGCCCUCCAAGCCGCCUAGAGCCCCAGUAGUCAGCCAGUGCUUGCCGCCAGUGUCACACAUUUUAUUGUGGCCCAUAGCCCUAAUCUCGAGUGUGGACGAUUAGAUUUACGCUGAUCAUUAAAGCCGGAGACCGACAUCGGCGGACAGAAGAAGGACAAGAUGAACUCCAUUUUGAUAACCGGCUGCAACCGUGGCUUGGGUCUGGGCCUGGUCAAGGCCCUCAAUAGCCUGCCGCAGCCGCCGCAGCAUCUCUUCACCACAUGUCGCAGCCGGGCCCAGGCAGUGGAACUGGAAGAUCUGGCCAAGAAGCACUCGAACAUACAUAUCUUGGAGAUCGAUUUGAAAAAUUUCGAUGCCUACGAUAAACUGAUCGCCGAGAUCGAGGUCGUGACCAAGGGUGCCGGACUCAAUGUGCUCUUUAACAACGCUGGUGUGGCGCCCAAGUCGGUGCGCAUUGGCGCCACCAGGCCCCAGGACAUCCUGGAUACCCUGCAAACCAACACCGUGGUGCCCAUCAUGCUGGCCAAGGCCUGUCUGCCUCUCCUUAAGAAGGCGUCCGAGGCCAACGGCAGCGAGCCCAUGGGCGUGAGUCGCGCGGCAAUCAUCAACAUGAGCUCCGUGCUGGGAUCAAUUGGAUCCAACACGAACGGGGGCAUGUAUGGCUACCGAACAUCCAAGUCCGCCCUCAACGCGGCCACCAAGUCGCUGAGCAUCGAUUUGUAUCCGGAGAAGAUCCUCUGCAUCAGCCUGCAUCCCGGCUGGGUGCGCACCGACAUGGGCGGCAGCAGUGCCCCCUUGGACGUGCCCACGAGCACCAACCAAAUAAUCCAGACCCUCAGUCAGCUGAGCGAGCAGCACAACGGUGGCUUUAUCAACUAUGAUGGCUCCGAGCUGCCCUGGUGAUGAUCGCUUGGAGGCGUCAUGUUAUGUAUAUCCCUUGUUGACCCUUUUUGUUGUUAUUACUCGCUGUUAAAUAAAGUUAAGGGGAAGACA